CAUCGAUUGUGUUUCACGUAAAUACCACUUGGCGAGCGCCCGGCGGCUGGCUGAUGACGUCAGACAUUCGGCUUGCCGGGAAGAAAAAAUCAGCUGGGCCGGCGCGAGAGUGUGCCCAGCGACCGUUGAGGACAGAGCUAUGUGACGGUGCGGACUGGUGUGCCGGACGGCAACGGGCGACGAAGAGUAUUGGGUUGGAGGCUCCACGCUGGGUGACAGGGCAAUGGAUUGCCCUGUGAUACUGAACUUAUCAAGGUAAAAGGUUGAGGUCAAGUUCAAGGUCAUCCAAGAUGGCCGCCGUGACGUCACAAUCCAAGAUGGUGGUCGGCCAUCGACUCCACAGCCUUAAAGCUUGUCCCCGGAGGAACCAAAACAUACUACUUUGCCCUACAUGGUAUGUAAGGAAAUUAGAAAAUGAGCUGAAACAUUAAACUCUUUGGACACUCCAUAGAAAGGAAGAAUUAUUUUCUGUUUAAUGCUGGCAUGUGAAGACAUUAGAACAUUUUCUUGUAGAUUAAAUUCUUUGGACAUUCAAUGAAAAUGAAUUAUUUUUAGUGAUGGGUCGAUUCCGAUUCCGGAAUCGGUCGGUCCCACCGAUUCCAGUAUAAUCGUGGGAUUCAGAAUACAAUGGUUUUGGAAUCGAUCAUGACCGAUUCCUGCAUUGUUUUUAAGUUUACAAAAUACAUCUCCUACGCAACGUAAGAAAAUACUAAAAUGAAUGCAAAUAUAAUUUUUAAACUACAUAACCCUUUCAGACCCACUGUGUACAACUGUACACAUUAAACUUCCAAAUCGGUUUAUGAAGACAAAAAAAAUUUACAACACUCACCAACGAUUGUGUACGAUUGUGUACAUUAUGUAGUUUCAUUUGUCUAUACGUAUAACUAUCUAUGGCCAAGAAGUUUUUUUUGAAAAACACUUGAAAGUUGGAGUGUGUUGUUGUUUUGCGAGGUGCUGGAUUGGGAUUUUUCGGGAAGCUAUAUUUAGUAAAUUUUUUCUAUUUUCGUGAGUCAGUUAAUAUUUUUAAGUUACUUUAAAGCUUUAUCUACUACCUGAAAUUCAUUUCCAUUAAUUUUGUAAAUAUUUGAAUUAGUUUUAUUGAAAAAAGUUAAUGUGUACAAUUGUAACCAAACGGCCGUGAGUGAAGCAGUGUCUAGGUAUGUACAUAACCUCUAAAUAGUGUAAACAAACUAAUAAUGACUGGUUAUUUAUGCUUUUAUUACUUUGUAUGUUAAUUCUCUUCUAAGAUCAUUGCUUUUUUAAAGACUAUGGAGUCUUCUGAAGGUGUCAGAGAUGCAGCCAGCAUUCUGGAUAUGUUAGAGAAGGGUGAAAUUUCCGAUUAAUGGGUGUCUGACGACGAGGGAUUGGACGAUGAAGUUCUGACUGAAAAUAGUAAGAAACCUUUACGAGUAGGUGCUGAUAAAGUGAGAACCAACGAAGCAAUGCAAAAUUCUGAUAGUGACGAAGAAGAAUCACGGGAACGGAUAAGUGUAAGUGCCCCUGUCAGUAAUGUAAACACGAAAAAGAGUGACAUUGUAUGGCGCCACAAACCUCUUUCCAUUUUGAUUGAGCCAUACAGCAAUAAUAACAAUUUAGAUAAUGAACUGCUCACGCCAAUUUCGUAUUUUGAAAAGUAUAUACCAGUAACUCUUUUUGAUCAAAUGUCAGAAAUGACAAACCUCUAUGCAGUUCAGAAUCACAAGCCUCGCUUCAAACACACCUGCUCAUCGGAGCUACAGGUUUUAUUUGGUCUGCAUAUUGCGAUGGGGACAUUAAAACUCCCAAGAGUUUCUUUGUUUUGGGACAAAGCAAUUGGCAUCACCAUGUUUCAAGAUGCAAUGUUAAGAGACAGGUUUUUUGAGUUGAGAAUGAACUUGCAUCUUGUAAACACGUUAGAAAUUCCUGACAACUGCAGUGAUAAGCUGUACAAAGUACGACCACUGUAUGAUGCCGUUCGUUCAAGGUGCAUGGCCCUUGAACUAGAAGAGCACCUCUGUAUUGACGAGCAAAUUGUACCAUUUACAGGGCGCUUUAGCAUAAAACAGUACAUGAAGGGCAAACCUUGCCCUUGGGGUGUGAAGAUUUUUUUUUUGUGUGGUAAAUCUGGCUUGGCCUAUGAUUUUGUUAUUUACCAGGCAAACAUGGCCGAAAUAGAUCCUGGUAACCAGAAGUUGUAUGGCCUUGCACCAUCAGUGGUGCUGCAGCUCGCAAAGAGAAUUGGUGACGAAAAAGGCCACAAACUCUAUUUCGACAACUAUUUUUCUUCUUAUGCACUGUUUCAAGUUCUUUUGGAACGGGGGGUGUAUGCUGCAGGGACUGUUAGAAUUAACAGAUUCGGUAACACUACUUUGAUAUCAGAUAAAGAUGCGAUGAAGAAAGAAAGAGGUUUUUGUGAAGAAGUCACAAACCGGGAAGAAAAUGUGACACUAACAAAAUGGGUCGAUAAUAAAACGGUGGUUAUGGGUUCGAACUUUGUAGGCAAAGGGAAAACGGACAUAGUAGAUCGUUGGUCUAAGACGCUGAAGAAGUACAUACCUGUAGAGCGACCAGAGGUAGUUAAAUUGUACAACCAUGGCAUGGAUGGUGUAGAUUUGUUGGAUCAGCUCAUCAGCUACUACCGCACCUUCAUAAAAUCCAAAAAGUGGACACUAAGGAUGAUAUUUCAUGCAAUAGACAUGGCUAUUACACUGUCAUGGCUGGAAUACAGGAAGGAUGCAGAAGCCCUAGAAAUUCCACAAAAAAAACAGUUAGAUUUGUUGCACUUCAGGAUGAAGAUCUCAGAAAGCCUGGUUUUUGUUGGAAAACGGGCAACUACAAAGAAACGUGGACGUCCUUCAUUGGAAGAAAACUGCUCCACACAACCUGUUGUCCAGAGGCGGAAGGGAGAGGUGAGGCCAGGUGUUGAAGUCCAGCAAGAUGGAGUCGACCAUAUGCCUAUCCAUGAGAGUGAAAAAUUGGGUACGCGGUGUAAAAUGCCUAAGUGCACUGGACGUUCCCGAAUUUUGUGUCAGAAGUGCAGAGUGCAUUUAUGCCUAAAUAAAGAUAAGAACUGUUUCUUGAUGUACCACACACAGUGAUUCUAACAGUCAUAUGAGUGCAGUGUUUUGUGUACUAUCAUAUAAUUAUAUUAUUGCAGUGCUUUAUGUAAUAUUGUCUAAUUGUGUGUGUUUCAGAUUUCCCCUUAUAUGUUGCAGUAUUUUAUUUUAUAUGACUUUCACAUUCUUGUACAUGUGUUUAUGUAUGUUUUGUAUGUUUAGUGAUGUAUUACUACAAAUUUUUAAUAUAAAUCAAAUAAGUGACCGUAUUACAAUAGUGCAUCAUCCCAAUCUGUUUGUGCACAGUUGUACACAUUAAAUUUUUUAUAUAAAAAAUCACCAAAUUGAAAAAAAAAAUAUUGUGUGAGCAUUAGAAAAUUAAUAUUAUCCUAACUGUGCACUUUGUUUAUUUUUUUUCAGAAUUGUAAAAACUAUAAUUUUUAAACUACAUAAUACAAUCUUUUUUACGGAACUGAUUUACGAAUUACGGUAAUUAACGUAUUUAUUUACUUGCACCGCCAUUUUCCCUAUAGUACAAAUGCAGUAUCUACUUUCCCGCUUUAAACGAAAGCAUUUUUCGGAAAUUACGUUGCAGCAGCACUGCAUUUAAUAGUAAACCUUCAAAACUAACUAGACAAAACCAUAAAUGUUUAAAGAAAAUUAUGUAAACGUAAACGGCAAGUAAAAUAACGUAAACGUUAACAACUUGAUCAUGGCAGCUACAUUUGCCAUUGUAAAGGCCCUGUCACACUGUCAAAUUUUAGCUUCCAACACCUUCCAAUAUGUUGGAUCCAAUAUCUUUGAGGGUUGUGACGUCACGUUAAACGUCACUAUCGCAGCCAUGUUUAUUUGAGAGAUUGAAUGUCUAGAGUUUCCUUCAAAUAUUUUACGUAUAGGACUGGUUCUAAAAUAUGUUGGAUGUUGGAUGGGAUCAGCCAAUCAGAGUUAUCUGAAAUAAAGCGGCCGCUUUUGUUUCCGUUUCCGAAGUGUAAUAGUUUAAAUAUCAGCAAUGGCGAAUGGGAAAUAAAUGCAGUAAUUGAAUUAAUACUAUUUUAUUUCCUGCUGGAAUAUGUAAUUUUUAUUGUAUAUUUUCCUCCAAUUGAAUCUGUAUGUACGGAAGUGCAGGUUAAUAUAUUUGACUAAAAGAAGUUACUGUAGUUUUGGAAUAUUAUGGUCCUUAAACCAGAAAACAUCUUCUAUUCAACUUACGAUCAUUAUUUGACUGAUAUACCAGUUUAGCUUAUGUUCAGGUAUUGGAUAAACUAAAUUAAAACAGCAAGCAUUGCGUACAAAAUGUGCCAUCAGGAAUGAGGUAUCACAACUAGGAUAUGCAUUUCGGAACUUUUACCUACAAAUCCAAAUUAAUAACACCUAAAAUAAAUUUUAAAAUAUUUCAAUUCAGAGACUUAAUGUAACUAAAAUUAUUUUGGCUUACCCAAUCAAUCUUUCUUAUAAGUCAUUGUUCUUAUUUCACAAUAGCUGCUACUCUGUAAGUAUUGUCUGGAAUUUUCUGGAAUACAGACUCAUAAUUUCCUGACAAUAGAUGGUACUGACUUAUGUUAAAGCAGCAUCUCUAUGUAAGCAAGUAGCUCUGGUGAUUUGCAAGAAAGGCCUAGAAAUAUUAAAAUUCUGCCUACGUGUUCAAUUAUUAUUAUUUAAGUUUUGAAAGUAAUACCAUUUUUCGUGAAUGUAAAUAUUUGUGUAGCAGAUCCUUGUCAGUAAGCCUAUACUUCCCAGGCUGUACGAAACAAGCAUACCUGGUCUAAUAUCUUGUUAAAAAAUUAUUUUAAAGAGAUAAUGUGACUGAGGUGAAGUUAGCUUAAAGGCUCAGGUUGAGGUUUGUAACAGUAAAUACACUUAAUUCAAAAUAAAACAAAAUUGCCAAUUUCUAAACACAGCAAAAAUUAACACAUUCACUUUAAAGUAUAGGAACAAUUUUAAUGAAAUACAAGUGAAAGUGUCCAUACAACAGCAGCUAGUUGGGUGAGAAAAUAAGCGGGAAUGAGAAGGGAUAUGCCUACUUGCAGAUUUACAUUUAAUUAUAUGUUUUAUUCUUACUAAACAUACCUUUAAAUAUUGUUUUUGAAGAGCACUAUAAAUUGCACUACAAAUUUCAGGUAAAAAUUUUGAGAUGGUGUUGUGUGGAAUACUUGUAGAGAACAUAAGGGACUUAAAUGAUUCCCCUGUCGCCAAAAAUCUUAAUGUAACUGCCAGCCUCUGCUUUGCUGGUAUAGACUGGCACAAAUGAGUAUCCUUCUUUGCAAUGCGAGACUCCACAAUUGAAAGAAGAUCAAAACUUUCAGAAUCCAUUAUUACAUAGUUCGGAAAUGAAUCGGCAUCUUCGUAUCGAAGUUCAUGACAAAAAGGGGUAAAACACCAUUUGUUUGCCGGGAAAGUAUCCACUGUCUCGUCCACCAUCUGCGUUUCCUUUUCUUAGAUUUCUCUUCUAGUUUACUGAGAUUUACUACAAUUGCAAUUACAGCUACAGCUUUUGAAACACUUUGAUGCUCUUAAUGCAGGCAUUGCAAACACCUGGAAAUCGUAAAUUUUAAACUGUGUAUGAUCACAAUAUACCUCAAUUGGAAUAUAACCUACUUAAAAAAGCCCGCGUUCCUUGACCCAAAAUUUGUUUUUGAUUCUAAAUACUGUCAUUUACAGUUCUCUACAGAAUGUUUGGUAAAACGAGCUCACUCAAAGAAAAUUGAUAGUGUGAAAUGACUUCAAAUAUAUUUUACAUUGCUCGUCAAAUAAUAUUGAAUACAAUAUAUUUGAAGACGUAUUUCAUCCAAAAUCACCCUUCAAAUUUUGUUGUCCAAUUUAUUGGAUACAAUAUAUUUGACAGUGUGACAGGGCCUUAAACAACCUAAUUUUUUGUUUGUGCUACCGGCCAUGGUAAACCAUACGGCCAUGAACCAAAUCUUUGGUGACGUGAACGUGAAAAUUAAGAUGUUUCACAUCUCUGCACUUUAAACUGUACAGAAUUAAAUGAAAUAAUUUUUGAACGAGAUUUUACCCAAAUUGACAGUGGAUUACUGCGACCAUAUGAAAAUAAGUUUAAAAGCAACAUAACCAAAUUGCUGUAAAUCGGCGUUCUUGUGCGUGUUCAGCGAUGCUCUUUUUACAUUAGAUAUAUUUUGGAAAGGCAGUUGGCUAAUCUGAAUUUCCAAACAUUGCUGCUGAAACGUUCGUAAAUUUUUAUUACCAGACACAAACAAUCUUUUGAAAGUAGUUGUGUUUAACAGAAUUGUUUCCGAUAAAUUUUUGAAAUGAAUUAAAUGUUAACACGCGAUUUUUUUAAGAGUUUAAUUAUUUUGUGUAAGAAAAUCUCACCAUAAAAUGUGGACAUUUUGAGAUGCUAAACAUGCACAGAAUGUUCUUAGUCAAGAACCGAAAAUUUAUUUUCUCUUUACGGUUGUGAAGAACUGCAAGACUGGAUGGAUUUAUUCUUUUCACCAAGUGAGAUGGGCCCUUGAAAUAUGUAUCAACGAGGUUAUAUUGUCAUUUUAUUUGGAUCAUUAUUUACUUGCGCUUGAAAAUAAAAUUCUUAACCUAAACGUACAAACCUCGUUUUUUACAAUUAAUUAAUUGAGUUGAUAAUGUAAGGUAUCAAAAGUUGGUUAAGUUAUAACAUUAUUUACAAAAUACGUCAUAAGACAUCUUUGAUUAUUGGCAGUGUUUGAACACAUGUUUCGUCUAACUAUAUGCAAGGUUAAAAGGCCAAAUUGUGCUAGAAAUUCAAGGUAGCAUAACUUGAUGGUAAUGAACAUACUUUUUAACAUUAUAUAAGCUGUAUAUAAUGUUAAUUUCUGCACAGAAAAUGAAACACAAUUAUAUCAAUAAUAUAUAUAUUAUAUAUAAUUAUGCAAUUAUAUUUUUAAAAUCAUAAACCUUUUUUUUUCUGAGUAUAUUACUCUGUUGAACAUUGUCAGCUAAAAAUUAAGGAAUCGGAAUCGGAUCGAAGAAUCGACCCUUUAAUUUAAGAAUCGAAAAUGGAAUCGGAAUCGGUAUAUUUUAGGAAUCGGCCCAACACUAAUUAUUUUGUGAAUUUUUGUUAUAAUAGUGCUUUUUUUAUUUCACUUAGAAUUUUAUUUCAUUGCCGGUUAAUUGAUAGUAACUAAGAAAGUGAAAUAAAUUUUUUUUUUGGAGAAAUAAAGUGUAUUUUUUACAACCUUAUAUUUCAUGAUUGUCUAUCUUCAAAACUUACCAAACUUGGGUGAUUCAUAUGGAAAAAAUAAUGCUGUCAUUUAAAGGAAAGAAAAGUGUAAAGAUUUUUGCUGAACGUUCAUAAUAAAUAAUUUUACCUUUUGACAUGUCAGUUAUCUUUAAAACACAUUGUAGUUAUUAGUAUGUACAAGAAAGAAAGUGCAAGAUUUUAUGCCUUUAAAAUAUUAGUGUUUAAAUAUUCAAUGUGUCUUCGUUUUUUUCAUUCCACAGCACAUACCAAAUGAUUUUUUUUUAUAAAGUGAACAUAUAAAUUUAAAUGUAACAUGUAACCUUUUAUGUGGUAUCGCUUUCAAGAUACAUUCACCCACUGUGUUGGUACAUAUCAAGUAAACCAACGAACAAUUAGGAAAGCUACAAUGAUAGGGUUUUUUAUACAGGAAUGUUACGGAUAAAAUAAUACAAUGGAAAGAGAUUACUGUGGACACAAAAAAAAUUUAAUAUUUAUGUUUGUUUUUUUCAUAAAAAAAAUAUUCUUUAGUGACAAUCUAGGCUGCAAAUGUCUCAUACAUUACUGAAUUUCUAUACUGAGCAUUACCAACACAGAGCUUACACAGUAAUAUUUCCUCUUUACAUUAUACCAUCAGGUGACACUACAAAGUCUCAUAACAUGCUAUUGUUUUAAACAACCUCAGUAUGUACCUUUAUGGACAAUUACUUUUAUGGUGAGAAACAUAAUGUAGUAAUUUGUGCAUAAAAUAAUUGUUUAUAUAAUUUACUUAAUAGUCGUGCAGUAUAGCUGCACAGUAUGAACCUCACAAAUAUAAUGAAACCAGUUUUUAGUGAAUGACCACAAUAUUAACUCUCAGCAUUUUCACACACAUGUCUUGAAAUAUUGUGGUAAAUGUUUUAUAGACUUUCUCACCUCUAAAUCUUUUUUCUCUCGUUACCCACACAUCCCUGGGUCAUCUUUGCGGAGCCGGGCUUAUCCCAACCGCCUUAGAUUUAACCCUGCCACGUGACCACGCCGCAGGGUCGACAAUUAUGGAACUCGCUGACUCCAGAGGUAAGCGUUUUAAUUUAAUGUAGCCGUGCAUAUGUCUGCUGGCCCAAACAAAGACAUUAAAGCACUUGUAGAUUCACGGCUCGUAGAGCGUGUUCGAGUCGUAAUUCAAAAACUUACGGGUAUGGCCGACUCCAUGCAAAUCCCCAAUAAGACUGCUGUUAGAUGUAACGUAAGCACAUAAUGAAGCAAUCAGAAACUUUUUUCAGGGUAAAGUAUAAGGUAUAACGCAUAGUGUAACACCGCAAUGCAUAGCAUGCCAAUAAAUGCGAGAACAAAUUGACAGUGAUUUCCAGUGCCCCCUUACCUAAGUUAGGCAUCAGCCAACCAUGCUGCCUGAGGAGUGUGAUACUACUUCUCUAGUUAGUAAUUCAACCACUGCCACGAUCCUAAUGAACAAAGCUGGGGCCGACGACCCACCAAACAGCUGCAUAAGUUAGCCUGGCACCCUCCCGGAAAGAAAAUAAAAUUUUUAAGCUGUAAAUAUAUAAAGGUGAUUUUGAAUUUUCCAUGAAAAACAAUUGAAACAUGCUAUAGAUACAACACUAAAUAUAAUUAUCCUGAAACAUGUUGAAUUCAGUUAAGUUCUGCUACAUAGUUGAACAGUGACGAGAUUCUGCAAGAUAGGAAUAGCCUCUGUCCUAAAGUAUGGGCGGUGGGCCUUCACUAAUCAAAAUUCCCGCGCGUCUUGUUAAAAGAAAAACAAAGUCCCGAAGUUGGCCGAAGGUGAAGUCUUCGGGCAUGUUCGGGUUGGUCCUCAACCCUUUGUGAAAUGUAGGCUUCCCUGGUGUAACGGAACAAGUCAUAGGCUAACGAGCGCGAACCGGACGCCAUAUUGAUAGUCGAUAUGGUGCAGGGAAGCCUACGAUUCACGGGAAGCCUACGAUUCAUUGGUCCUUUCGUACACGCCCGAUUACUCAUGUUCGUGCAACUUCGGAAUUUUCGAAAAAACACGCGCGCCCAAAUGUAAUUCAACAUGUCCCAUGCUGGUCAGCAGAGUUUUCAAGGCUUAUUGCAAAACUAUGUUUUCAGUGAAGCGGAGAAAAGUAUUUCUGGUUUUUUGGAUGGAGAGCAUCAAUAUGGAAUUUUUUUGGAUGAACUGAAAAAGUUAGGGCAAACAUACUCUGUGCGAAGCAGCUACAAUUAUGCCACAGCAGGUAAAUCAUAUUAUGUAAUACUUAACUGUAUAAUUAAUGUAUUCAAUAAAAUGGCAACAGAUUGCUACCUAGUUGUUAUAUGGCAUAUUUUUAUAAAUUGCCUUUAAAUUCAUUAUGUUCAAGUAUUAUUGUUUUAAGCAUUUUAUCUCCAUAUAUGUAUACUGAGGAUAAGUUAGAUUCGAAUCUCGGAUUCGAAUCCACAACCGUACCAACUUAUCCUCAGUUAUAUAUAUAGCAUAUUUUAUAAGCCACAUUACACUUAACAGGAUGCAAAGAAAAGCGGCUGUGAGAAAAUCAUAUAAUACAAAUAAGAUAAAAGUAAGGAACGAAAAAGUGUAAUACUGCAGAGUUGCAGCUUCUUCAGAUUACCUUUAAUGUACCUAUGUUAUUAGUCACCUUAUUUUUCAGAAAGCUUUACUCUGCAGUAACUAAUUCUGCAGUGAUGGUGUUGUUGGCAGUGUUUUAAUACACAAUAUGCUAUUUUAUAUGUAAUAACAAUACUGCAUGGUGAAUUGAUUUUGUUAUUACUUUUUUGCAGCUUCGCCUAAAGUAUUUUUUCAGUACAAGCAGGGCAAAUUAACUCAUGCCCCUGAGAUUGAGUAUUUUGGAGCACCAUUCACAGUGGAGAAAUGUGUGUUUAUGGAGUGUGCUCAAGGUCCAAAAUAUUAUAAUGCCAAACAGACUACAGAUCAACUGCCUGACCAUCCACAACCAAAAAAGAAAAAAUUCUUGAUAAAAAGUACCAAAAAACUGGGUUGUCCAGGUGUCAUGGCUGUGAGGACUGUGAGAGUCUACCAGGAAUUUACCGCAGCGGACUCGCAGAGGAAGAAGCAUGCUCAACAGCAGCACCGGCCAUGUGGGGGCCCUGGCCUGGCCUGACCUCAGGCAGUAGUGCAAUCUGCUGAGCAAUGUUGUGACUACGUAGGAAAACAUGGGCACGGCCAGGUUAUUGUAAUAAGAAAUGUUGAACAAAACUUCACAAAGAACUUCCCGUCAUGUAAUUUUCCUGUACGUGCUUUGUAAUCGAAACAUGGUUUAAAAAGGGGCGCGACAUGUAUUCACGUGGCUGUAGUCCUGUGACAGGCUGUGAGCUGCCCGGCUACGUGGUGAAUGUUUAAUGUAGGUUAGUUGAAUUGUGUGUAGAUGUAUUUUCUAAUAUCUAUUUGAUUUUUAAUAUUGUAUUACAGUUAUAUGUUACGUUUUUAUUUGUAUAUAACUGUUACAUAAUGUUUCUAGAACAAUGGACUUGGUGUGGGAUGUAUUGAAAAGAGAGAAGCACAUGAAGCCUGUAAUUGCGAGUGAGAAAGAAACGGGGUUUCCCCACUGAGAGAGACAGAAACGAUAACUCUUCAAAAUGUGGGAACCGAAGGUCACAUGUGUGAUAAAAUUAGAAAGAGACGGAGAAGGAAAAGUCCUGCACUGUGUGGAUGAAAAGGGUGUAUCCAGCAUGUACUUUUUUAGUUGAGUCGCUGUAGGGCCGUCGUGACGUGAGGCUGUGUAGGCGGCAGCCGGAGAUUUUCUUUCUUUAUUCUUGGUUUCAAAUGUUUUAUUUUAUUUUAAUUUACAGUAAAUGAAUUUCAUCUUUCUUGUAACAAAAAUCUCAGUUUAUUUCAAUAAGCAAAUUGUAACAAUCUUUCUAAACUGUUCUAAACAAUUUAAUUUGUUUGUUUGUUGCCUAGUGCGGAAUUUCUGAUGAGAAACCCCAGGCACGAUGACACUUACUUUUUGUUUUAUCGGACUUAAUUAAUAAGCUUCAUUGUCAUACAAUCCUAAGGAACUACCUACAUUAAAGGCAAAUACACCGAGGUGUGUGUAAGUUGUUAUUGAAUUGAGGGUCUUCCAAGAAGUUGCCGAGUACCAGUGGACUAAUAAAGAAACGCCUGAGCUUAAAUCUUUUUUUUGUAUUUUAUGUAUGUAUAGUUACUGUAUUUGUUUUAAAUGAAUUAUUUAUUUAUUGUGGUAUGUAUGCGGCGACUGUAAUUGACCAGAUUAUUGAUCCUUUGAGGAAUAAAAGAGUAUUGUUAACAGUGUG